AUGACAGUCUGGCGCGACGGUAAGCGUCCCGACUGGGUUUGGUUCCUCCUGAAUCCCGUCCUUUCCCGCCAUUUCCUUAUCUCGAUCAGCGCUCGGGUGCUUGGAAAGCAAUUGAUGGGGCCGCAGUUGCUUGGCGGUGAUGACAGAGGGACAAGGAAUGGCGGCUGUCAGCUUUGGCCGAGAGCUGCAGGGGAGAGGGGUUCCUUGUCGAGUAACCAUAUGAGCGAGUUCCACAGCUCCCCCUCGCUUUCUAUCUCGAUCUCAGCCGCCGCUAUGGAAGGAGAGCUGGGUCAUCGUAGCUCUCGUUUCUUGGAUUGGGAUUAG